AUGUUGGUCACGGACCCUGCCUUCCCAACCAGGUGCGGUACGUCAUCCAGCCGGGACACGACUCCGGACCUCACUUUCGUCAGGGGAGUGGCAGAGGUGAACUGGACAAACCUUAACAUGGACUUUGGCAGCGACCACUACGUCUUGGCCACCGUCCUUCGGAUCGAGCAGAACAGACAACGCAAGUUCCGAUCCACCGACUGGGACAAGUUCCGCAAGCUGAGAGAGGAGCGGACCGGGGAAGAGAGGCCCGACCUGGAGCGAUGGAUUGCAGAGAUUCGUGAGGACAUUGAGGGCGCGACCAAAGAGGUUAGCACAGACCUCCCGGUACAGAAGAUGGACAGCAGGCUGGCGCACCUAAUCGAGGCCAAGCAGUCCCUUCUGGCCAGAUGGAAGGGUCAGCGGCUCAAUCGAAGGCUCCGCAAGAAGAUUGCCGAGGUCAACAGAAGCAUCGAAGAGCACUGCAAAGUCAUUUCCAGACAGCAAUGUGAUGAAAUUUGCAACUCGAUUGACGGCCAGAUGCGGAGCGGGGGGUCCUGGAACCUCCUAAAGCAUCUGCUGGACGAGACCAACACCAAGUCGAACCAGCGGAGCACGCUGGGAAGAGCGCUGCACGGGGCCAGGCAAGAAUCCUCGGACGAGGAGGUUAUGGAAAGGUUGAUCGCGAAGUACUUGCCGGUAGCCUCCGGUCCGGCGUCCCCCAUCCCAGAAUAUGGGGGCGUCGCGAACCCGGAGCUGGAUGCGGAGUUUGGUGUCGAGGAGAUCCGGCGGGCCCUGCACGAUUUAAACGGCAGGUCGGCCCAGGGUCCGGAUAGAGUUACAAACAAGGCACUGAGGAACUUGGACGACAAGUCGGUGGAGUACCUGACGGACGUUAUCAACAAGAUGUGGAACGACGGAAAAGUACCGGAGAUGUGGAGGAGGGCUGCCACCAUUCUCAUCCCCAAACCGGGCCCAGACGAAGGGGCCCCAAACCGAAGGGUUGGAAGCCUGUAG